AUGCAGCUCACCUUCUUCAGCGUCUUCACGCUGUUCGUUUGCUGUCAAUGCAGCUCGGCAGCCACACAGCAGGAAGAGUCUGUGUCUGAACUUCUGUGGAAGGCCAACAAAGACGUCGUUCACACGGCAGAAGAGCCGCUGGUGAUGGAUGAUAUCGCUUAUGACAAAGACAGCGAAAGGAACGCCGACCAGUGCACUUCGCGGGGGUGCAUGUGGCCUAAGUCUGCCAAUGGGAGAGUCUACGUGCCCUACGUAAUCUCCGGGCAUUACUCUUCUCGUGAGCGCGGUAUCAUUGAGCGUGGCCUAAAUUCCUUCAGCGAUGUCUCCUGCAUUCGCUUCGUCCCUCACAGCGGCCAGAGAGACUACAUCAACAUCAUGUCCCACAAUGGGUGUUACUCAUACGUGGGUCGCCGUGGCUACAGUCAGACCUUGUCUCUGGACCGCCAAGGCUGUAUGUACCACAGCACCGUGCAACACGAGCUGCUCCACGCACUCGGGUUCAAUCACGAGCAGUGCCGCUCUGACCGCGAUCAGCAUAUCCGCAUCCUGUGGCAGAACAUCCAGUCUGGUUUGGAGUACGCCUUUGACAAGAUUAACACGAUCAACAUGAACACGCCGUAUGACUACAACUCUGUCAUGCAGUACCAUAGGUAUGCAUUCUCACGCAACAAUUUACCCACCAUGGAACCGAUCCCCAAUUCAAACGUCAAGUUUGGCAGUGCUACCCAAAUGAGCAAGAAUGAUAUCAACCGACUCAACUCCCUCUACUGUUAG